AUGUCCUCGAGGGAUCCGCUGAUCGUCGGGAGGAUCGUCGGCGACGUGGUCGACUACUUCGACGCGUCGGCGCGGCUCAGGGUGCUGUACAGCAACCGCGAGAUCACCAAUGGGUCCGAGCUGAGGCCGUCGCAGGUGGCGAACCAGCCGACGGUACAGAUCACAGGGCAACCCGGAUCACUCUACACGCUGGUGAUGGUAGACCCUGAUGUACCUAGCCCAAGCGACCCUUCCCAACGGGAGUACCUCCACUGGUUGGUCACAGACAUACCAGAACGAUGUGACGUGAGCUGUGGAACUGAGGUGGUGCCGUACGAGAGACCGCAGCCGACGGCGGGGAUCCACCGUGUGGCGUUCGUGGUGUUCCGGCAGACGGCGCGGCAGGCGAUCUAUGCACCAGGGUGGCGCUCCAACUUCGUAACCAGGGACAUUGCGGAGUGCUACAGCCUCGGCGCUCCGGUCGCCGCCGCCUACUUCAACUGCCAGAGGGAGGGCAGCUGCGGUGGCCGGAGGUACCGGUGAAGCAGCAAAGCUGGCUCUACGUACG